AAAAACAUAGGUGAACUAUUACCCAAGUUGUCAGUUUUGGACCUCUCUUCAAAUUCUCUUACUGGUAGAAUUCCCUCUUCUACCGGAAUGUUAAAAGAGCUUUAUUUACAAAACAAUUGUUUAUCUUGGGAACUGCCUCCUCAUUGGAAGAAUUUUUCAUCAUUAUCUAUAUUGGACAUUUCAAACAAUAGCAUUUCCGACAAAAUUCCGCACGGCUUUUGGAAUUCCUGCUCAAAUAUUGAGGAAUUAUAUCUUUCCAAGAAUGGACUACGCGGACAGAUCCCUAAAAUUAUAGGUGAACUAUUGCCCAAGUUAUCAGUUCUGGACUUCUCUUCAAAUUCUCUUACUGGUGGAAUUCCCUCUUCUACCGGAAUGUUAAGAGAGCUUUAUUUACAAAACAAUUGUUUAUCUUGGGAACUACCUCCUCAUUGGAAGAAUUUUUCAUCGUUAUCUGUAUUAGACAUUUCAAACAAUAGCAUUUCCAACACAAUUCCGCACGGCUUUUGGAAUUCCUGCUCAAAUAUUGAGGAAUUAUAUCUUACCAAGAAUGGACUACGCGGACAGAUCCCUAAAAAUAUAGGUGAACAAUUGCCCAAGUUGAGAGUUUUGGACUUCUCUUCAAAUUCUCUUACUGGUGGAAUUCCCUCUUCUAUUGGAAUGCUAAAAGAAUUGGUAAUUCUUUUUUUACAAAACAAUUAUUUAUCUGGGGAACUCCCUCCUCAUUGGAAGAAUUUGUCAUCGUUAUCUAUAUUGGACAUUUCAAACAAUGGCAUAUCCGGCAAUUUUCCAAGCUCAAUGCAAUAUUUGAGUUCACUAAAGCUGUUAUCAUUAAGCCAAAAUCAUCUUGAAGGGAAGCUUCCUUCCUUCUUUAGAUACUACACAGGCUUGAGAAGCCUUGAUCUUGGAGGAAACAAAUUUUUUGGAAACCUAUCGGCAUCGAUAGGAGAAAGCUUAUCAUCUUUGUUGUGGUUGAGACUCAGAUCUAACUCUUUUGAGGGGAGCAUACCUUCACAAUUAUGUUUACUUUCAAGUCUUCAGAUUUUGGACCUUGCAGACAAUUAUCUGUCAGGGGGAAUCCCUCCAUGUCUAGGGAACUUGAGUACUAGCAAUGAUGAGGACCAUAAUCUUGGUUUUCAGGAAAUGUUAGUGGUUUUGAAAGGUAAAGAAUAUCUUUAUACGUCAAUUCUUUCUCUUGUUCAUUCUUUAGACCUUUCAAACAAUAAACUAUCAGGAGAAAUACCUGACAAUAUAACAAGCCUAUCAAAGUUUAUCAACGUGAAUUUGUCUGCAAACAAUUUGAAUGGAAAAAUUCCUGAAAAUAUUGGGAAUAUGCACGAUUUAGAAUCGCUUGAUCUCUCAAGAAAUGAGCUUUCUGGUCCAAUCCCUAAAAGUUUGUCUGCUUUGAACUUUUUAAGUUACUUGAAUUUGUCAUUCAACAACUUGUCGGGACAAGUGCCAUUUGGAAAUCAGCUUCAAACACUGAAUGACCCAUAUAGUUAUGAAGGUAACUAUCUACUUUGUGGCCCUCCUCUUCUGAACAAGUGUCCAGGCUCUGAAACUGAACCUACAGGAUCACCAGGUGAGGGAAAUGGAGAAGAUGACAGGGAUGGAAAUGAAGUACUUGAUUCACCAUUAUCAUUCUACAUUAGUUUGGCAAUUGGAUUUAUUGUUGGAUUUUGGGGAGUUUGUGGGACUCUGAUUAUUAAAACUUCAUGGAGGCUAGCUUACUUUAGAAGCUUUGAUCAUAUGAAAGACCAGAUUUAUGUUUUCAUUAUGGUUAAAUUGGUUCUCUUUCUAAGGAAGAUCAAGUUGCAGAGAAGAUGAAUCUAUGGGAAAUUAGAUUGGUCUGAGUGGUUCCCUCGUGUGAUCAUAGACAAAAGGAAAAACUCCUAAGUUUGCUUGUAUGUUUUUUUUUUUGCCCCUUAUUCAUACUCUGAAUGCUUCAACUUUUAUUAGC